AUGGCCCUGGCACUGCAUCAUGGUCCUGACACUGCAUCAUGGCCCUGGCACUGCAUCAUGGUCCCUGGCACUGCAUCAUGGCCUUGGACCCCAGAGGAAAAUACCCCAAACCCCAGGACCCCAGAGGAAAAUACCCCAAACCCCACGACCCGAGGAAAAUACCCCAAACCCCAGGACCCCAGAGGAAAAUACCCCAAACCCCAGAACAGGAAAAAUACAAAACUGACCAGGAAAAUACCCCCAAACCCCGACCCAGAGGAAAAUACCCACAACCCAGGACCCGAGAAAAUACCCCCAAACCCCAGGACUAGAGUAAAAAUACUAACCCCAGGAUCCCAGAGGAAAAUACCCCAAACCCCAGGACCCCAGAAAAUACCCCAAACCCCAGGACCCCUGAGGAAAAUACCCCAACCCCAGGACCCCAGAGGAAAAUACCCCAAACCCCAGGACCCCAGAGGAAAAUACCCCAAACCCCACGACCCGAGGAAAAUACCCCAAACCCCAGGACCCCAGAGGAAAAUACCCCAAACCCCAGGAACCCAGAGGAAAAUACCCCAAACCCCACGACCCGAGGAAAAUACCCCAAACCCCAGGACCCCAGAGGAAAAUACCCCAAAACCCAGGACCCCAGAGGAAGAAAAUACCCCCAAACCCCAGGCCCAGGAAAAUACACAAACCCAGGACCUCAGAGAAAAUACCCCAAACCCCAGGACCCCAGAGGGAAAAGCCUUUAAACCCAGUUUAAGAGGAAAAAUACUUCCCCCCCAAACCCCAGGACCCCAGAGGAAAAUACCCCGAACCCCAGGACCCCAGAGGAAAAUACCCCAAGCCUUUAGGGACUGA